CUCGGCUCACGAUGUCUGGACGCGGCAAGCAAGGAGGCAAGGCCCGCGCCAAGGCCAAGACCCGCUCUUCCCGCGCCGGGCUGCAGUUCCCGGUGGGCCGCGUGCACCGCCUGCUGCGCAAGGGCAACUACGCCGAGCGGGUGGGCGCCGGGGCUCCCGUCUACCUGGCCGCCGUGCUGGAGUACCUGACGGCCGAGAUCCUCGAGCUGGCCGGCAACGCGGCCCGCGACAACAAGAAGACGCGCAUCAUCCCCCGCCACCUCCAGCUGGCCAUCCGCAACGACGAGGAGCUCAACAAGCUGCUGGGCAAGGUCACCAUCGCCCAGGGCGGCGUCCUGCCCAACAUCCAGGCCGUCCUCCUGCCCAAGAAGACCGAGAGCCACAAGGCUAAGGCAAAGUAAAUCUUCCCUGGAAGGCAAAAGGAAGCAACUCUGUUCCGGAGAGAACAACACAAAAGGCUCUUUUAAGAGCCACCCACCCCUUCAGAAACGAGCUGGUUUACUUUGAUU